AUGGACCAAACUCUCCUCGACGGCCUACGGGCCUCCAUACGCCAAUGCGCUGAGCGCGGCCUUUUUUCUGCGUCUAAAUGGUCCUCUGAAUUGCUUCUUGCUAUUCCAUUAUCGCGACGCCACAUUGACGAUUCCGAAUCUUACGCGUCGACCCAACUGGUGGACCCUCCUUUAGUCCCACCACGCCAUCCUCUUGCUCCUCCUCUAGCAAUACAACCUGACGAGGAAUUACAACUCGAGCUAGAGGCGGCCGAGGAAGAUGCAUUGUUCUCUGCUCGGACAUUUCUCGAGUCUCGUGAUCCGAUGCGCGCCAUCCACUGUCUGCGCCAGUGUAGCAGCACGAAAGCAAAAUUCAUCGAAUACUACAGUCAUUUUAUACAGGCUACAGAAAAUGGCGCACAGCGCAAUUGGAGCAAACUCGACAAUAAUCGUCACCAACCGCCUGAACCUUUGAAUCCAACCGUCGAUGUACUGCUAACUGCUGUCUUGAAUGCGACUGAUCCAUGGUUAUUGUACCUUAAAGCCUUAUUUCUAUCUCGGUUUCCUAUGCGUCGCGACGAAGCCAUAGAAAGUGCUAUUCUUUCCAUCGCCGGCUUUCCAUGGAAUUGGGGUGUGUGGAGCUUACUUAGUACUUGCAUAAAUGACGGCGGCGAACUCUCCGCUAUCCUUCCAUUAUUACCGCUGCCUACUGUCCAUCCCUUUGUGCAAAUGUUCCAAAUCAAAACGAUGAACGAGCUCCAAGCACCGUCUGAUCAUGAACUGGGCCUGUGCGACCAACUUCUUAGCCCCGAACUCUUUCCAAAUAGUUUGUGGAUAAUGAGUCAACGAGCAUGCGCAUUCUACCAUGCACACGACUUCAAACAAGCACAAGCCCAAUUUGAACGCAUCUUGGAAAUCGACCCACAUCGUGCUGACAACAUCGACAUCUUUUCAGAUGUUCUCUACGUCACGGAUAACCGUCUCAAGCUCUCCAGACUUGCCAAUGACUUCCUGAUGUUAGACAGAGAACGGCCAGAGGUGUGCUGUCUUGUGGGAAAUUUAUAUUCACAAAGAGCGGAGCAUGAGAAGGCUAUCAAAUACUUUCGACGAGCUACGCAGCUUGAUCGUACUUAUCUUUCUGCGUGGACGCUGAUGGGGCACGAACACGUAGAGAUGAAGAACUCUUCUGCUGCGAUUGAGUCAUAUCGUAGAGCAAUCGGUUUGCUUCCUCUUGUCCUUGUCAUCGCUGCACUGAGUUUUUCCCCAUCAAUAGAUGUCAAUAGAAAGGACUAUAGAGCCUGGUAUGGUCUUGGACAAGCCUACGAGCUGUUGAACAUGCAUCAAUAUGCUCUCCACUACUAUCACAACGCAACGGCUUUGCGUCCAUAUGAUGUACGCUUGUGGCAAGCCCAGGGAAUGUGCUAUGAGGAGAUGGGCAGACUUCGAGAGGCUAUUGAAUGCUUCAAGCGUGCCUUAAUAACCGCAGACCCGAAUGAAAUCACGAUUAAUCUGCGAUUAGCGAGUCUUUACGCUGCUCAACAAGAUUUUGCAGAAUCUGCCGCGUAUCAUCGAAGAGUGGUUGAAGUUUGCCAAGCAACUGGUCGCCCCGUUCACGAUUUCGCCAGGUCGAGCAUCAAAGUUGCUGAGUAUUAUUUGGAAACGAAAAACAACUUGCCACUGGCAAAAGAGUACAUGAAAACGCUCUCCGUGAGUAAUGUAGAAGAAGUUGUUCGGGCAGCGGAGCUUUUGAAAUUAGUCAAUGCUGCGUUGGAAGGGGGCCCGUCGAGCUGA